GAGGGCGGCGGAGCCGGCGGCGCGGGAAGAUGGCGGCGGCGGCGACGGCGGCCGCGGAGCAGCAAAGUUCCAAUGGUCCUGUGAAGAAGUCCAUGCGUGAGAAGGCUGUUGAGAGAAGGAAUGUCAAUAAAGAGCACAACAGUAACUUUAAAGCCGGCUAUAUUCCAAUCGAUGAAGAUCGCCUCCAUAAAACAGGACUGAGAGGGAGAAAGGGCAAUUUAGCCAUCUGUGUGAUUAUCCUCCUGUUUAUCCUGGCUGUCAUCAAUUUAAUUAUAACACUUGUUAUCUGGGCCGUGAUUCGCAUCGGACCAAAUGGCUGUGAUAGCAUGGAGUUUCAUGAAAGUGGUCUGCUUCGAUUUAAACAAGUAUCUGACAUGGGAGUUAUACAUCCUCUCUAUAAGAGCACAGUAGGAGGAAGACGAAACGAAAAUUUAGUCAUCACUGGCAACAAUCAGCCUAUUGUUUUUCAGCAAGGGACAACAAAGCUCAGUGUAGAAAAGAACAAAACUUCUAUUACAAGUGACAUUGGCAUGCAGUUUUUCGACCCAAGGACUCAAAAUAUCUUAUUCAGCACAGACUAUGAAACUCAUGAGUUUCAUUUGCCAAGUGGAGUGAAAAGUCUGAAUGUUCAAAAAGCAUCUACUGAACGGAUUACCAGCAAUGCUACUAGUGACUUAAAUAUAAAAGUUGAUGGGCGUGCUAUUGUCCGUGGAAAUGAAGGAGUAUUCAUUAUGGGCAAAACCAUUGAAUUCCACAUGGGUGGUAAUAUGGAGUUAAAGGCUGAAAAUAGCAUCAUCCUGAAUGGCACUGUGAUGGUCAACACGACUCGCCUCCCAAGUUCCUCCAGCGGAGACCAGUUUGGUGGUGAUGACUGGGUGCGUUACAAACUCUGUGUGUGUGCCGACGGAACGCUCUUCAGAGUGCAGGUGACAGGUCAGAACAUGGGCUGCCAGACCUCAGACAACCCCUGUGGAGACCCGUACUAGAAGAACCCAAGAGGACAUCAAUAGAUUCAUAUUGUGACUUAUUUUUUUAAGACUAGGCAUGCAUAUCAUGUUUUUACAGAGUUUGUGAUAACUCAUUUAUUUAAUCUGCAGUGCACUGCUGCAUCUAUUUUGUAGUCUCCAUGUUUAAAAUAGUCUCAGAGAGCCUAAAUUCUAAUACAUUUCAUUGAGUUGCACUGAUCUUCAAUUUACGGUUCUCUAAAAUUAUUGAGAGAAGUGAAUAUAAUCAAAAUUAGUCUUUAAAGAAGUAUUUUUAAAAUGCCACUGUUCCUGUCUAAAGGAUAAAGGGAUGAAGCAACUGUAGACUCACUAUAAGUAACUUUUGGUAACUAAUGGGGUUAGACCCAGUUAAGAUAUUUAAAGGUACACCAUCAAUAAAUGUUACAUGUUCUGUCCUUAGGCUUCUAAGAGGAAAGACAGAUUUUUAGUGCAUUACUUUCAACUAUAUUCUCGCAAACAAGUGAGGUCACUAAAGAGCUUCACAUGUGGGAGAUAGUAAGGAACUAAAGGUCCGUAUUGUCACACCUAUGGUUUUUCCAGUAGUCAUGUACGGGUGUGAGAGUUGGACCAUAAAGAAAGCUGAGCACUGAAGAAUUGAUGGUUUUGAACUGUGGUGUUGGAGAAGACUCUUGAGAGUCCCUUGGACUGC